UUUGAAGAGUUUGUACUGAGAGUGAGCCUGGAGCAUUGUUCUUCCUUCACAACUCCCUUCCCCACCAGCUAAAAUAAUCUCCUCUCCCACCUAAUCUUCUGAAAUCUUCUAGAGGAGACACACCUACCUCAAGAACUAAAAGGAUCCUAUCCUCACUUUAUCACUCAGCCUUUCUAUCAGAGGGAACCUGUUCCCAACCAAUCAGUUCACAGACCUUGGUCUAGGGUGAGUCGUGAUGUUUGCCCUCCAACAAUCACUGUACCAGAACUCCAUGAAUUCCAAAGCAACAGGAGGCUCAGCAGCCUUUGAUAUCUCCCAGCCUCCUGCCUUAUUGUGACAUUCCUUCUGGAUCCUUUAUUUUCACCCUUCUGAAGUGUAUGGUGAAAGGGCUGCAUCAGGAACAUUGCCGAGGGAGUGGCUUGCAAACAAGAGAGGGCCAUGGCCUUGAGCUCUGUCAUCUUUCACCUCUCCUACAAAUUCAGGCUGCUGCUGCUUUUCAGCUUGUGCAUGAUGGUGGUGGCAUGGGCCACCUCCAGUUACCUUGUGGACACUAUGCUGGAGACUCCCAAAGCAAAGAGCUUGGUGGAGAAUUUCAGGAAGGCAACCACGCUGGAGAAGGAAAAUCAGAAAAAGAAGGCCAUGACAACUGUGGAAGUUCACACAGUGAAGUUCACCAUGAGUCACUGCCCUGCUCUCUCUCCCUACCUGCAGGGCCCCAGCAAGCUCAAGUUCAAAGCAUCUCUCACAUUGGAAGAGGUACAGAAGGAGAACCCUCAGGUUGCAAAAGGCCGGCAUCGCCCUGCUGAGUGCUCAGCACUGCAACGAGUGGCCAUCCUGAUCCCACACCGCAAUCGAGAGAAGCACCUGUUAUACCUGCUGGAGCACCUCCACCCAUUCCUACAGAGACAGCAACUGGACUAUGGUAUCUAUGUCAUCCACCAGGCUGGCAAUACCAAGUUUAACCGAGCUAAACUGCUGAAUGUAGGAUACCUGGAGGCCAUGAAGGAGGAAAACUGGGACUGUUUCAUUUUCCAUGAUGUGGACCUGGUGCCAGAGAAUGACUUAAACAUGUACACCUGUGACAACCAACCAAAGCACCUUGUAGUUGGCAGGAACAACACUGGGUACAGGUUGCGUUACCAGGGAUAUUUUGGGGGAGUAACUGCUCUAACAAGGGAUCAGUUUUCCAAGGUGAAUGGAUUCUCUAACAAUUACUGGGGCUGGGGUGGAGAAGAUGACGACCUCCGAAUCAGGGUUGAGAUGCAGAAGAUGAGGGUGAUGCGGCCAUCCCCUGAUGUAGGAAAGUAUACGAUGAUCUUCCACACAAGGGACAGAGGCAACGAGGCGAAUGGAGAAAGGAUGAAACUCUUGCGGCAGGUGUCCCGAGUGUGGAAAACAGAUGGGCUGAACUCCUGUUCCUAUAAAUUGCUCUCGGUGGAGCACAACCCUUUGUACAUUAACGUCACAGUGGAUUUCAGCAUGCCACCCAAGAUCUCGUAACAGUAUUUCCUGUAGUUUCUAGGAGACAGAAAUAGAUCUUCCGCUUGAGGUAGCUGCUGCAGUGACUGGAAAGGCAGUGUUCUGCUGGAAGGGGUUCCCCAGCAGCACACAGACAGUGCAGAGGAAAUAGCUUCUUUCAUCUUUUCUAAUUGUUUCUUUACAAAUUUUGUUUUGUAGCAGUGCUGUGUGUUAAGCAGGGGACCUGGACUGACUGAGUGGCUAUGUCGCUGUGCCUGUUUGUUUUCACUGGGAUAUUUAGAAAGUCUAUUUGUUUGGACUGUUGGCUUUUUAUUGGCCUUGUUGGGAACAUGAACUACACCCACUGAAAGGCUUCAGCUCCAGUAGCUGUUUUCAAACCUUCUGCAAUUAGAGAGCAGGACACAGGAGCCAACACUGCCGUGUUUUCAAAAAGAGCGCGACAGUGUUAUCAUACAAAGCGCAAGAAUAUUUCAUACCCUAAAGUCUUGUUUAGAAAGGCUGAUUUGAUCUCAGCCUGGGUGAGCGAGGAAAGGGAGAGGGAAGUAAUCUGCAGCCACAUUGAAGAGUUUAAAAACUCUCAAUAAAAUACAACCCAUUUCACUCCAAAGGAUUCCCUUGUCCUUCAUCAGUUCAAUUCAGUACCUAGUGGGAGUACUCAAGAGUUCUGUGGAUAUACGAAAGGCUCACUUAUUUCUGCAGCAAGACUGUAAUACAGACACUAGUAUGGUUAUCACCUUUCUACUGUGCCAGUCUGGGCUGGGCAUUGAGGGAAUACACACAAAUAAGUCAUGUGUAAAAUGGAUUGAGACUACCCCCCGUUUCUUGCUUCCGAGACACUGUUAGCCUGGUGCUCAGUGUGGCAUAAAUACCCCGCAAGGUAAUGACUUGACUUUUUGUAGUUCUUGCUUUAAAAAAGAAAAAAAGAGGUUGAUUUGUGGAUAAACUGGUUAGCAGUUGCGGUAAAUUGCAAGUUUUCCCACUGCAAAUGCAUGGGAGGGUUAUAAGCCCCUUUUCUACAGCAGCAGACAACACUGUGUUGGUGCUUGAUGGGUAGAUGUUGGUUGCAAUCAAAUGUAAGAUCAUAGUCUUCUCAAGAAGAAAAAGCUUUGAUUCUGA